AUGUCUUUUCGAUUUAAUUUUUUGAUCGAUGAAAAUAAGAACGAUGAACCAGACACUCAGGAUAAGACGGACUUACAGCUGUGCACUCCAAAACGCAAGCAGGAAUCCACAGAAAAGGGCAAGCAAACUGCUGAUCCCAUAGCAGACUCCAGCCCAGGGCUGGGUACUGAUGAGCAACGAGACAAGACACCAUCGAAGAAAACGGUCUGCGUUAAAACUGCCAAAGAGCACAAUGUACCUGAGGAUCUCGGGAAAAUAUUGGAAACUAAAUUCAUGGAAACAGCAUCGGGCCUGUAUUACAUAAAUUCAUCUGUAGUGGAAAAAAAAUGUCUGGAUGGCGCCGACGAAGAAGGCAUCGUGUCUAAAAGUGUUUCUUCUCGCUCCGAUCUCAUCUCAGGAGUCUAUGAGGGAGGAUUGAAAAUCUGGGAAUGCACCUUUGAUCUCAUAGACUACUUUUCUGAGGCUGAAAUACAGUUUACCAACAAGACUGUAUUGGAUCUCGGCUGCGGGGCUGGACUGCUGGGAAUAGUUGCAUUAAAGGGAAAAGCUGAAAAAGUCCAUUUUCAGGACUACAACAGCACAGUGAUUAAUGAAAUAACCUUGCCUAAUGUGGUGGCUAACUGUAUAAAGGGAGGCAGCACGAUGGGCUGUGGAGAUGACAAAAAAACUAGCAAGCCUCCUUCAAAGAGGCCCAAGAAAGCAGAGCACUUACCUGAUGCACUCACCAGAUGUAGAUUUUUUUCCGGCGAGUGGUCUGCAGUCACCCGGCUCCUGUUAAGCAGUAACAAACCCUUUUCAAAGUAUGAUGUAAUUGUCACAUCUGAGACCAUCUAUAAUCCUGACUACUACAGUGCUUUGCAUGACACUCUGGCUCAACUCUUGGAUGAAAACGGCCGCGUGUAUUUGGCAAGCAAAGCACAUUAUUUUGGGGUUGGUGGUGGUAUCCCUCUCUUUGAGGAAUUUGUGGAAGAGAGAAACGUGUUUAGGACCAGCAUAGUUAAAACAACUGAUAAAGGACUGCAGCGAUGUAUUAUGGAAAUGGCCUUUAAAGAUUCCAGUUAAAAUUCAACCACUGGUC